UUUUCUUGUGUCUGCGAAAUUUAUCUUGUUAAGUACUUAAAUUGAUAAAAUCUGUGUCUCCGUUUCGAUGAGACCUUCAAAAGAACUUGAAAAUUCCUUUGCAAAAGCGAAAAGAUGUCUUCGUUCACCAGUACAGGUUGUUUUGAAAAAGCGAAGAGCACCAUGCUGUUGCUUGCUAUCCCGCCUCCUGUUCGGGACUCAACAACUACUCGCAUUGGUUAUUUUCGGCGGAGUUUCAAUUUGGAUUUGCACAUCUCCUGGCGUAAUAUCCGUAAGCGCAAGAAAAGCUGCUACCUCUUCGUCCGACGGAGACGAGAGUUCUGCUAUAUCCAGCCUCGCGCGGAUUCAGUUGGUGACAAAGGUGCAGAAAAUUUUCCUCAACGGCACUCGACAAGCGCUGGAGACCCGGAUUUUUCCGCCUCCCAUGGUCAGGUUGGAAAAUUCCGUGGAAUUGCCGGUGUUAGAAAGUUUGAUGGAGCUUGGGACUGACGAAGUUGGAGGAAUAGACUACCGAGAUGUUGAAGAUUUUGCGAACGAGAAUCGACAUUCGGCGGUCGAUAUUGAUAACGCAAACCGGGGCACCACCAGCGGCUCCUCCUCCUCCUCUUCACACGAGCCGGCACAGCGUCCGGUUGUUAUUUCAUCCACCGAGCCAGCCGGUAUCGCAGCUUUGGACAUCGAGAACAAAUUUGUCGCCCCGGAGACCGCACUGGUGGUCGUCGCCCCGUCGGAGGUUAAGUGUCGCUUGUUCGGAAACCCGCACUCGCCACACAAGGUGGGCUUCGAGUUCGAGGCCAUGAAAUCCUACGGCAAGGAGGAUUUUCUACAGUCGUUAGACGAAGAGAUUUUCUUCUCGCCCAUCACCGCAGCGAGUGCAGCGGCAGGACCUUCCGCGGGGGCGGGGAACCACGCUGGUGCACGGGGGCCACUGGGAGGGCCCAACGUGGACGACCAUGUGCAAGCGAAUGCCGGUGCAGUCGAGGUGGCCGGGUCCUCAGCAACGGAAAAACUCGCGGAGGAUGAAAGUAGGAAUCUGCUCUACUUCAGAAGCAUUGCACGACGACGAGACCAGCAGAACAAUGGGGGCCAGGAGCAGGAUCAUGGCGCUGCUUCUCCUAGCGAAAGACCUCCCCUCCAGGGGGGCCGGAAAACGAUAGAUUGGCUAGAUUAUGUUUCCGAUUUCCUCCCGGAAUCGCCGGUGCUGUCGCUAACCACCUUCCACCAACUCCGGGCACUGACUACGGCUAAGGAGAACCACCGGCUACUGUCCCCCAAGCAGAAAGACGCAGCGAGAGAGGUUUUGUGCCAGGGUCGGCUAAUGGAUGCCGCGCAUGGACCACGCCGGAAGAGCGGCAGUAGCAAUUUCUUCGCAAAUCUACUAGGCCCGCCGUCAAAGAACAGCAAGAGGACUACACCCCCGCCUCCACCUCCGCCCAACAAGUUCUCCCGACUUGGCAACUUUGCCUCCAACCUCUGCGCGAGCGACUGGUAUCAUUUGUCCCAGCAGUUCCUCCACCUGCCCGAUUGCCCGGCGGAUUUGUCCGCAAAGUUCCGACCAAAGGACAGCUCCGCCAGCAUGUUCCGGCUCCCGAUCAAGGGCUUGACCGACGCGUUUGAGGUCUUGCUGCAGCAGCUGAAUGCCCGCCCGGAUUUUGUGCAAGUGCACGGAAUUCCGGUGAUCAAGACGAUCAGCUGCAGAUUGUCCGGCGAGGAUCGAGUCAGUUUUCUGAACGUGUUUGGCGACAACUUUCGCGGACAUCAGUACGGUCCAGCUGGCAAUUACGGGAUGCACAGUAAUAACCCUGAAGGAGCUGCUCCUUCACCCAAUAGUCCCCACUAUCAACCAGCGCAAAAGUCUGGGUCCACCUUCGAAGAGCUGGCCUCGCUCGAACUGCACGACUCGCUGCGGUGCGCCGCCGGUUGGUGGCUCUCAAAAGCGAAACUGGAUUUUUUCCUCCGCCUACCCUUGUUCGCCGUGAAUGAGAAGGGCGUAAAACAGUACACGACGCGGAAGCGGGAUCCCGGGUUGAUGCAACAGUUGCGAAAUAGUAAAGCUAGUACCGGCGCUGUUAAGCGAAAGAGUAAGAACGGAAAAGUGAACCGCCAUCCGGAGCUGUAUUUCGAGGCACUAGAGAAGAAGCAGGGUGAAAAUAAACAAGACCAGGAUCAAAAGAAUUCGAGCCCGGAAUACAAGAACCUCGGGCCACAAGCAGACGCGAACAUUUUGAAUCUCCGCCUGAUCUAUCAAAUGCAAAAAUGUCUGGGUCUGGAAGAUUGCCAGGUUUGUGAUGCAAAUUUUGCAUGACCAAUGACGCCUGUAAUGCAUGCCCUAGCAUCCCGGAUUUUUCGAAGGCUUUCUGAUGCUCAUUCCGCAUGAGAAAUGCCCUCCCCGUGUAGCACAAACUGGACGCCUUUUGCUAGUCAUGCAAUACAGAUUUUUUUGGAAACCAAAGACAGCAUCACAAGUUACCACCUUCCAGACCCAGACAUUUUUACAUUUGAUAUGAUCCCCCAAGCGCGGAUCAAGGUCGACACGGGGUACAACUUUUUAUCAAAAGGAAAAAUCCCCCCUCCCCAUAUCGAAAACGAAAUUUGUGAUGCUGUAUUUGAGUACACAAAUCAGGUUUGUAUUGCAGAGAGGCAUUGCGGCCAGAUCCCCAGGCUAGCUGGGGGCGUAUGGUUCUAGUUGUGCAGCAUGGCAAGCGGCUCCCUUUUAGGCCUCACAGCAUGACAAAUCGCUUCCAUAAUGGGGCGGAAGCUUCUGCCCUUGUCUUCUUGCAAGACAAAUGUCAUUUGUGACCUCAAAUCAGCAACACAAAUUUCCGGAAACGUACCUGUUCGAUAUGGGGAGGGGGGAUUUUUCUCUUUGAUACUUUUUAAACCGCGUCCACCGCGAUCUCGUGCCGAACCUAGGCGAAUUCAUCGAAAAACCGAUUUUGUUGGCGUUGAAGCAUAUCACACAGAAGAAAGCAGGCAGGUCAUGUUUGUUGUCAUGCAAAAACAAAUACAUCAGAGAAAAACCUGCGUUGCAUAUCCCAAACAGCAUGCUAUGGGGCCGCCCAUGACAAGUUUUUCAGUGUGUUUAUUUCUGCAUAUACAAGAAAUAAUAUGUCCUGCUAGCUCUUUUCUCUGGGAUAAAGCAGACGGGAUUGUUGUCUUCCGGUUCGAAGUUUGGUCUGUUUGACGCAAAUUUGGAUAAAUUCGAGAACAAGGUGCAGCAAGCGGCGAAGGUAGCAAAGGGCAGGGAAGCGGAGGCGGACGGAGAAGAUGAUGGGGAAGAGGACGAAAGCGAUGAGGAUGUUGUAUCGCAGCUUUUCGGCGGGGGCGGGGGUCAUGUGGGUGGCAUCCAACAGCCGAGAAACACCAGAAAUACGGGACAAGGAGCAGCAGCGUCUUCAAACGACAAAAGUCACACACUUGAGAGAAGAAGGGCCGCUGAUGCAUCUUCGCAUCACGAGCUGAUCUCCGCGUUUCUUUCUUCGGAAUGGGAACACCACGCCCGCACGGAAGCUACCGCUUCCAAGGCCUGGUUUGUGCAUGCGGGGACGACGAAAGAAGCCCCAUCCGACCAAGACGCCGAUGAAAAAAGAAUGCCGGCGGGAAGUGAUGGUGAAGCGAACCAAAAUGAUGUCGACCCACAGGAAAAUAAAGAGCAAGAAGACCAGGAACGAUCUGAAAAGGAAUCCCUCACCUCCGAGGACGUCUUCCUGAUGACUGCCCACGAGCUCUUCCUUGAAGGCGCACCGAGACACCGGGUGACCUUCCCGCAGGUCGUUUUCGACGUGACGAAAUGGCCGCGAACGGCGAGUCUGUUCUCUUUCGCGGUGACCUGCCGGGUGUUGACCUCACGAACCCCUGCCGCAGCGUUUUCAUCGUCCGCGAGCCAGCAACCGCAGCACCCGCAGCCCAAUCCCAACCAGCAACUCCCUCCCUGCGGGCUCGGGUUAUUGGAAUCGAGAGUAGAGCUGUGGCUCGUCACGGCGGACGUGGGGUCGGUCGGGGAUAAGGCGAGAAAGGAGUCGGAGUACAUGUUUACUUUGGUCCAAAAGUACCUCCAACUGUUACACCAGCACGAACACAUCGAGUCGGAGGAGAUGCAAGACGUCGAGGCGAGCCCGGUUGGGGCGCUGCGCACGGUUUUGGCCUCGACGUUUGGAAAGAGGAGAAAACGGAUGAAAAAAUUCCUGCAGAACGAGUUUGACUUUGCGGAGAUCUUCGGAGGUGAUGCGUACUCUUCUGGAGGGACUGGUGCCGGUACUGCACCGGAGCGGCAGGAGCAAAACGUUGCAUCUCCAGAUGAACACCUGCACUGGAACACCAUCAAAUCUUUCGACUUCUACAAUGGGUUCAACACCAUCAGCGUAGCGGAGAGGAAGUUCCAGGCGGAGUUGAAUUUCGGGCUCGACGAGAUCCUGUCCUUCGUCUUGAAAACGGUGGAACUAGUCACGCCGGACGUGCCCCUGCCCUACGGAAUCGAGCUCCACUUUCAAAAGGACGACUACAUUUUGCGGUACGGGGGGAAAACGAUCGACACGGGAAGGAGGCACUUGGGACUGGAUAGGAACAACUACAGCCCUGAUUAUUUGCAGCGGAUGGGGGUGAUGGACCACAGCAAUAAUUACCAGCAGAGAAGUUCUUCUUUUCACAACAAGAAUGUCCGGACUGACGCGGAGAUCGAGGAUGAGUUGACGUUUUACCAGCACAGACUCCGCAUCAGCAACAAGGAGGUGCUGGCAAACAUGCUGAAGCGAAGCGAGCUGUUGUUUGAGCUGCUAGAUUUGCGCAUCCCGGCGGUGAUUUCCUGGAAGGGGAUUUUAGACGUGGAAUUGGUGAUUGACAUCCACGGGGUUUUGGUGAAACCAAAUGAAGUUUUGCAAAGGAAGUUCUACGGGGGGAAAGAGGGAGGUGGAGAGAAUAGUGGCGGAGGAUCAACGGGGGCUAGAACUUCGUCAAGAACAACUACUUCUGCAGACGAGGAGAGGCUGGGAGUGUUGCAGUUUUUCCCGUGUGUGACUUUGAAGGAGAUGAGCUUUUUGAACUGGGAGUUCAUCAAGUCAACGAUUCAGUCGAUUGUCCACGGAGCCAUUGAGAAGGCCAUGGUGGGAGUGAAUAGAAAAUUACAACCGUUCUUCUUUCGGUAUUGAGUGUAUGAUUUAAUCAUAAAGAACGAGUAGGCAUACACAUCGUGCAUUUAUUUUGCUUUCUUUUGAGCGUUGAGUUUCACCACAUUUUCACUUUUCUGUCACUUGCUACGAUAAAUGGUUCACCUCGGAUAGUUUUAUCUGCCCUGCAUGAAUGGCGACAAUUCGCUCUGAAUUCUGUUAAAAAUGCCCGUUUUGCAAGUGUGAUUCUGGUUUUGAUUUUUGCUGCAAACGAAAGUCGUCUGCUUACAUGAAAAGGCACAGCGAAAAAAAAUCAUUUCUGUUUGAGUACUUUUGAGGAGUGCCGGAACUUGACUGAAAAGUUUGCUCUGUGGCUGCGUAGUUGUGUUGACGUGUGUUCUCG